CGGACGGGCGGAGCAGCAGACCGGCAGGGCGGAGGCGCAGUCUGCACCAUGGCGUAUCCCGGGCACCCUGGCGCGGGCGGAGGGUACUACCCAGGCGGGUAUGGUGGGGCUCCUGGAGGGCCUUCGUUCCCUGGACAAACUCAGGAUCCGCUAUAUGGUUACUUUGCUGCUGUGGCUGGACAGGACGGACAAAUUGAUGCUGACGAAUUGCAGAGAUGCCUAACACAGUCUGGCAUUGCGGGGGGAUACAAGCCUUUUAACCUGGAGACUUGUCGUCUUAUGGUUUCCAUGUUGGAUAGAGAUAUGUCUGGCACGAUGGGGUUCAAUGAAUUCAAAGAGCUCUGGGCUGUGCUGAAUGGCUGGAGACAACACUUCAUCAGUUUCGAUAGCGAUAGGAGUGGCACCGUGGAUCCCCAGGAGCUGCAGAAGGCCCUGACGACUAUGGGAUUCAGGUUGAGCCCCCAAACUGUGAAUUCAGUUGCAAAGCGGUACAGCACCAGCGGGAAGAUCACUUUUGAUGACUACAUUGCCUGCUGCGUCAAACUGAGGGCUCUCACAGAUAGCUUUCGCAGACGGGAUUCGGGUCAACAAGGAGUUGUGAAUUUCUCGUAUGAUGAUUUCAUCCAGUGUGUCAUGACCGUCUAACUCAAGAGGAAGCUGUCUGAAUAUAUUCAACAUUCCAACUGGAACCGGCCCUUGCUUCCUCUCUGCCUUCAGUGCUGUGUGCAGACCCCACCGACAGACACUCCCUGACAACCGUUGAACGGGAUUAUGACUUUAUAGAGAACCAUAGCUUCAUUUUUCAUUUUGAUAAUAAAUUCCUUUGAAGUUUAAUGAUAUAAAAACAAGUCUGUUAUACCAGUCAGAACCUCCUGAGCCAUUAUCAAUCAUGCCUUAUUUUCCUGCUAACCCUCUUUUAUAUAAAGUAUGCAAAAUGUUUAACAUAUAUUACAUCUUUUCUUGUGAUAUAUGAAAUGUUUUCAUCUUAGCUGUUAUUGUUUCUUUCCCUGAAGAAUGUGGUUAAAGUUUGUGUGGGGUAUUUUUAAGUGGCAUACAUCCACAGUUGGGCAAAACAAGCCAAUGAACCUGGCAGUCCACAUACUAGAAAGUCUAAGUUUUACCACUUACUUAUUGAAAGCCUUAUGACUUUGACAGAGAUAUUGAAUGGUUACUGUCUGCCUCCUAAACACCUAUAGAUCAUGAGGGGCAAAUACUGUCACCAAGUUCUUCUUUGCCAUCUUCCCCAAACUUUUGUUAAUUAUACUUAAAGAUCUUGAAUACUGUCAGCUUAAAUUGUCAGAAAAAGACUAAAGGGAAAUAAGAAUAUAUUAACUGUUUAUUUUUGACUAAUAAGAUUCUAGAUGACUUUAAUUUCCUUUAUAUAUUUCUGUAUCUCCCAAAUUUUUAAUAAUGUGCAUGCUUUCAUUUUACAACCAGAUGUCAGGAGAGGAGAGACAGCUCAGCAAUACUCAUGUACUGCUCUUAUGGAGGACUAAAGUCCCCAGCGCCCAUGUUGGGUGACUUACUACUGCCUCAGACCCCAAGGGCACCUUCAUUUCAUCUGCAGAUAUCCCAGUGCAAACAUGCAUGCAUACACACAAUUAAAAAGUAAUAAAGAAUAAGUAAAAUCAAGCAGGCAGGUUUUAUUUUAAAAAUUGUUGGCAUUCAUUUUUGAAUGUCAUUUGCUCAUGAUCUUUAACACAAGAAAGGAACUGAAAUGAACAUCUCAAUUAAUGAUCUAGCUUUAACUACAGGGAGUAGGGGCUUCCUUCCAACUCAGUUUCCACGUAUUCUCUAAUAGCUUAUUAAGUUUUACACACACACACACAGAGGGAGAGAAAGAGAGGGGGAGGGGGAGGGAAGGGGAGGAAGAGAGAGAGAAGAGAGAGAAAGAGAGAGAGGAGAGAGAGAGAGAGAGAGAGAGAGAGAGAGAGAGAGAGAGAGAGAGAAUUUUUUCCAAAUGUUUAAUCAUUUGGCUUGCUGGAAAUGCCUUACUAUAUAUGUGCCUCGGACAUUUUAGGCAAUGACAGUACACUCAGUGUCCCUAUCUUUGAAAAGCGAAGACUAAUUACCAUUGAAGUAGUUCUGAGUAUGCAAAGGUAUAUUUGUAUAAAAAGUAUCCCCAGUGUUUUGUUGUUACAGUUUGGCAGCUAACAGUGGUAAGUCUUCUCGCCCUAGCAAUGUAUCUGUCUUGUUUCUGGCACAAUGUGAAUCUGACCAUCCAAGUAAACGAUUCACUUACAGCUGGUGAAAUAAACAUUCCAUAAGCACCUUCA